UGUUUUUCUUCUGCGCCAAUUUGCAUAUCAAAUUGUCAACAUAUGAGUGAAGCAAUGGACUCCAAUGAUUCCUCAGACUUCGUUAGCCCAAGCGGUAGCAACAUUGGAACGAAGAAGCGGGUUCGAAAACUGAAGGAAAAGUGGACAAACGAGCAAACGGAGAGGCUGGUGCAAGAAGUAGAAGCAAGAGAAGGCACAUGGAAUUUUCUUUCCACUGAAUACAGGGACAGGAAUAUGCGAGAGGCUCAAUGGCAAGAUGUAGCGGAUAUUUUGAAGAUGCCGCGAUCGGAAGUUUCAGCCAAGUGGAACAGUCUUCGCUGCUCUUUCCGCGCGGCCUUCAACAGAAAAGGACACACCAAAACUGAGCAAGGAGCAGGAAGAGCGACUGCAAUGACUCCGCUUUACAAUUCGCUCAAAUUUCUCGAACCGACGUUGCGAAUUGAGGCCAGCACAACAUCAAAUUUAGGAAAUAAGUGCCCGUCGCCGCUGAACUCAUCUGGAUCCCCAGGUGAGGCUGAAAUUAAUGUGGAGUCUGACGAUUCGCAGCCAACGCCAUCAACAUCACGGGCAGCGGUAGUACAACGUCGUCGAGGUUGUUGA